AUGUCAACUAAUUUCGGGUAAUUUCCAUGGUCCGUACUCUUCAACCGUUUCAUAUAUAAAUUGCACACCACAUUAGCCCUUAUUGAUAUACUUUCAUAGUAUACGUAACCAAGAGAAGAGAGAAGAGAUAUUGAAUCAACAGGUGAAUAUAUUUCCAUGGCUGAAGAGUUUCAGACUGGGAUUUGUGGCGGGACAUGGUGGAAUUCAUCAAGAAGCUCCUUCUCCCCAUGUUCAGCAUCAGGGAUUGGUCUUACCGAUCACAUGGGGAGCUUUCUUUGGCCGACUAGUAGUAUGGUUGAUGUUAAAACAACAACAAGGUCUUGUGAGGAAUCGAAUAAUUCUGUUUCUGCUGAUAGCUCCAUCGUUUUCCAAAGUGCUCAAAAGCCUCAGCCUCAGCAGACCGAUUCAGAUAGUGGAGGCAGCAGUAUUUUGAUGGACUCCACCUUGCAAAUGAUGAGUUUUGGCCUUUCAUCCUCCUCUUCUCCAUCUACCGAUUGGAACCAAGCCUUACUUCGCGGAAAUGGGACAGAGAAUUAUCCAACAAUUAUUCAAGAAGAUAUGAAUUCAAAGUUGAAUUAUGGACAAGAACCAGGGAUGGACAUUUCUCAUCAAAUCCAAAAGGAUUGGAGUCCAAAGAGCUUUACUUGUGCAGCCGAAGAUUCCUGCAUCAAUGCCUUUAGGUCCAUUAAUCAAGACUUUUCUUUAGAUCAACCACAACUCAAGUCUGUCGCCAACUCCGAUAACUCUACAGGCUUAUCCACCGGUUUCUCCGUGGCUUCAUCAACUGCUUCAUAUGGGAUCCCUUCACCAACGUUGCAUAGUUUGUUUGAACAAUCUCUUUUCACCAACCGGUCAAGCAACUAUUUGUCUUCACCAAAUUAUGGGAUAAGUUCUAAUGAAUUAUCGCCUACUUCUUGGCCAAAAUUUCCUUCCAGUAACUUGUUAAAACAAUCAUCGCCAAAACAGCAACCAAAUAGUUUGCACUUCUCCAACAACACGCCCUUUUGGAACGCCUCCGUUACUUCUGGCUUAAAUGAUAAUAAAGCUGGGUAUUUUCCUUCAUCUCACUCACAAUUUCUCACACCGAUACUUGAAGAGAAACCCAAUUGUCACAGCCUCAAUACUAAGUCUAACAACGAAGAAGUUCGAGACUCGGGGUCUGUGGUGAAGAAAGUAAGCGGUGAACCUGCAUUCAAAAGGCCUCGAAUUGAAACACCAUCGCCGUUACCGACUUUUAAGGUUCGGAAAGAGAAGCUAGGGGACCGAAUAACUGCUCUCCAGCAAUUGGUUUCACCUUUUGGAAAGACUGAUACAGCAUCUGUUCUCCACGAAGCUAUUGAGUAUAUCAAGUUCCUCCAUGAUCAAGUCAGUGUUCUAAGUACUCCUUACAUGAAGCAAAGUACUCCGAUUCAACAACAACAACAGAACUGUGAUAAAGUGAAGGACCCAGAAGCGGGAAAACAAGAUCUGAGAAGUCGAGGACUUUGUUUGGUGCCAAUGUCGAGCACAUUCCCAGUUGCUAACGAGACAACAGCUGAUUUUUGGACGCCAACAUUUGGAGGAACUUUCAGGUAGAAGAAAGAGGAUCGAGAUUAAGUAAUUAAAGUGGGUCUGCAAAUGCAAGUACUGAUUCUCUACCACUAAUGAAAUGUCAAAUCCCAUAAUGAUAACUUGUAUUAAUUAGAAAGAAAGAUAACUGAAAACUUAGAAGCUACAUUGCUUUGCUGUACCAGUACCAGUGGUGAGAAAAAGCUAUAGAAAACAAAGAAAAAAGAUAAAAAGAGAAAAGGAAGUGACCCUUCAAAGAUGGACAAACAAUGCCGGGCCAGCUACAAGCAGAAUGAUGGAAGGUAGAAAAUGAUUAGAAACCGCCGAAAAAAGAAAAAAUAUAUCAUAUAUAUAUAUAGUUGUUUGCAAUAAUCGAAGUAUUAUUUUAUUUAUAAAAUCUGAUCGGCAGGUGGGUUAGGGACAGGAACAGUGCUAAAUUCAGCCAAAUCGACAUUAGUUUAGAGAUAAUUGUUGUUGUUAUAAUUGUAGCUGAAUUUAGCAGAUGGGCAAGUGAUAAGGAGCGCCCUUUUAUUCCUGUUGGUUUGUGUAUAGCUAUAGCUGGCAUCACCUUUUAUCAUUUAGGGAAAAGAAAAAAGAAGGAAGAUGAAAGAAAUAAUAAAGUGAUUAAUAUUAUUGUAUUGAA